UUGAAAAAAAAAAACUCACAUGCUCGCCAUUGUGAAAUGAAAAUGAUGAAGUUGUAGCUUCAUCUCCAUUUAUGUAGAGCUUCCUCGUUCCUCAAAUGGUGGUUUCAAAGCUAGGAUCACUAUUGAAUCACUCCUUAACAGUCAACCAAGCAAAGCAAAUCCAAGCACUCAUACUUGUUAAUGGACUUUACCAUCUCGAACCCUUGAUUAUCCGUCAAGUCCUCAUCUCUACGCCCCAUUUCUCUCAAAUCACUACUCAAUAUGUCCGUCUUAUUCUCCACCAUAUGCAAAACCCAGAUGUUUUUUCUUGGUCUUGCACCAUUAGAUUUCUUUCCCAACACAAUCAGUUCAGAGAAGCUUUUUCUCUGUAUGUUCAGAUGCAGAGAUUGGUAUCGUGUCCAAGUUCUUUUGCCAUAUCUUCAUCUCUGAAGGCAUGUGCUAGGAUUGGGUAUGAGAUGGGUGGGAUUUCAAUUCAUGCUCAAGUUCACAAAUUUGGGUUUUGUGGGGUUGUUUAUGUGCAAACAGCUCUUGUGGAUUUUUACUCUAAGUUAGGGAGUACGGGAAUUGCACGUAAGGUGUUUGAUGAAAUGGUUGGGAAAAAUGUGGUUUCUUGGAAUUCAAUGCUAUCUGGGUAUUUGAGAUCAGGGGAUUUAGCCAUGGCUCAUAGUGUGUUUGAUGAGAUGCCGAAAAAGGAUGUUGUUUCUUGGAAUUCGAUGAUUUCGGGAUAUGGGAGAGAAGGGAAUAUGGAGCAAGCAUGUGCUUUGUUUCGCUUGAUGCCGGAAAGAAAUAUAGCUUCUUGGAAUGCAAUGAUUAGUGGCUAUGUAGAUUGUAGAAAGAUAGAAUUAGCACGGAGUUUCUUUGAUGCAAUGCCUAGAAGAAACACUGUUUCUUGGAUUACAAUGAUUAGUGGAUACUCGAAAUGUGGUGAUGUUGAGUCUGCUCGGGAAGUAUUUGACCAGAUGGGUGAGAAAGAUUUACUCUUGUACAAUGCAAUGAUAGCUUGUUAUGCUCAAAAUAGCAGAUCAAAGGAGGCCCUUCAGCUAUUCAACAAGAUGCUUGAACCCGAUGUAAAUAUUCAGCCAGAUAAAAUGACGUUUGCUAGUGUUAUAUCCGCUUGCUCUCAACUGGGAGAUCUGAGAUUUGUGUCUUGGAUUGAUUCGUAUAUGAAUCAACUUGGAAUUGGAAUGGAUGACCAUUUGGCUACUGCUUUAAUCGACUUAUAUGCUAAGUGUGGAAGCAUUGACAAGGCAUACAAUCUGUUUCGGGGUUUGCAAAAGAAGGAUUUGGUUGCUUAUACGGCAAUGAUUUUGGGAUGUGGCAUAAAUGGUAGGGCAAAUGAUGCCAUCAAAUUGUUUGAAGAGAUGAUGGAUGUCCAAAUUUAUCCAAAUUUAGUUACCUUCACUGGGAUAUUAACUGCCUAUAACCAUGUUGGUUUGGUUGAAGAAGGCUAUAAUUGCUUUAUCUCAAUGCAGAAGCAUGGACUUGUGCCUUCAGCUGACCAUUAUGGAAUUAUGGUUGAUCUCUUAGGGCGGGCAGGACGAUUAGACGAAGCAUAUCAGUUGAUAAAAAGCAUGCCAAUGCAACCUCAUGCUGGGGUUUGGGGAGCGUUGCUGCUUGCUUGCAGUUUACAUAAUAACGUUGAGCUUGGGGAGAUUGCAGCUAAGCAUUGCUUUGAGUUGGAGCCUGAUACAACCGGUUACCGUUCUCUACUUGCCAGUAUAUAUGCCUCUGUUGGGAGGUGGGAUGAUGCCAAGAGUUUGAGAACAGAUUUGCAGGAAAAGGGAUUUACCAAGAUUCCUGGUUGUAGUUGGAUGGAACAGAGUUGAGUUGAAUCCAAAUGUAGCAAAGGCUGUAAAUUAUAUUGCUUUAUUGGAUGGAUGGAUGACCACUUCGUACUUUUAUUCUUCGUGUUGAAAGUUAUUUUAUUGUUUUCUUAUUCACCUCAACAGUUGGAGUUUUGCAAGUCAGUUUGCUUGUCAAGUCCAAAUUUUUGCCUCUCAAGAGGUCCUUGCUAAUGGAGAUUGAGUUUUGUGGGAGGAAAUGAUAGUGUCUCCAUUUUAUACUAUGGUUUCUCAAAUGUUUGGAACUUCUCAGUUGCCAUCUAACAAUUAAUAAACAUUUUCUCCCAUCUUAAAGUAGUCAUAGUAACUUCAGACAUCAUUACUUCCAUUUAUCAUUGUCUUCUUUAUUCUGUGUUCUGUGAUUCUUGGGCCAAACGAUAUGUAAUGAAUACCUCUAAUGGUACUGGUGACUUCGUUUUUUGUUGUAAAAUUUAUAAAUAACAUAAUUACAAUAAUAUAUGCCA